GCGGCGUCCCUCCCCCUCUCGGCCAGCGUAGCAGUCGGGCCCAGUACAUUCCGCCUGGGCUUUUCCCCCCUCCCUGGAUUCCGCUGCGCAAGGCUUGGCGGCGGGAACGGAGGCGGCCGCCAUUUGCUAGCCAGACCCCAGGAUGGCCCCCAAACUCCCAGACUCUGUGGAGGGGCUCCGCGCCGCCGGCAACCUGAGCUUCCGCAACGGCCAGUUCGCCGAGGCCGCCACGCUCUACAGCCUCGCGCUGCGGUUGAUGCUGGAGCGAGGUGCUUCGGACCCUAAAGAAGAAAGCGUUCUCUACUCCAACCGAGCGGCAUGCCACUUGAAGGAUGGGAACUGCAGGGACUGCAUCAAAGACUGCACCGCAGCACUGGCCUUAGUUCCCUUCAGCAUAAAGCCGUUGCUCCGGCGGGCAUCGGCCUACGAGGCCCUGGAGAAGUAUUCCCUGGCCUAUGUCGACUACAAGACCGUGCUGCAGAUUGAUGACAGUGUGCAGUCAGCCUUGGAAGGUGUCAACAGAAUGACCAGAGCUCUCAUGGACUCACUUGGACCCGAGUGGCGCCUGAAGCUGCCCUCUGUCCCCUUGGUGCCUGUCUCAGCCCAGAAGAGGUGGGAUUCCUUGCCUUCGGAAAAUCACAAAGAGCCGGCUAAAAGCAAGUCCAAACAAAUCACAACUGCCAAGAGCAGAGUGCCUUCUUCUGGGGAUGUGGAGAGAGCCAGAGUUCUGAAGGAAGAAGGCAAUGAGCUCGUAAAGAAGGGAAACCAUAAGAAAGCUAUUGAGAAGUACAGUGAAAGCCUCUCGUUUAGUAACCUGGAAUCCGCCACGUACAGCAACAGAGCGCUCUGCCACUUGAUCCUGAAGCAGUAUAAGGAGGCAGUGAAGGAUUGCACCGAAGCCCUCAAGCUGGAUGGAAAGAACGUGAAAGCCUUUUACAGACGGGCUCAAGCCUACAAGGCUCUCAAGGACUAUAAAUCCAGCUUCGCAGACAUCAACAGCCUCCUAAAAAUUGAGCCCAGGAACGGCCCUGCACAGAAGUUGCAGCAGGAAGUUAACCAGAACUUAAACUAGAAACCCGAGAGGGCAGCGGGAAACCUCUGCCAGACGACCUUCCUCUGUGCCUGCUCCUGGGACCCAGCAUGCCCCAGAGUGCGCCCUGAAGCACCAUCCUCUGCCCCUCAAAGAGGUAAUGACCUCCCACCCCUUAAGAGGCUUUGUUCAAAUGAAGCUCAGUGUAGCCAAAAACCCGACGUUGUUUUGCUGGAAAGGUCCCCUGCUCUGCUGAAGCCCUGUUCUCCAUUCUCCCUGCCUUGGACAGCUAGCAGAUCAUACAAACAGGUCCUCAGCAAAGCACUGGGCUCUGUCCCCGCCCCAAGUGUGCCCCAGACUGAGUGCAGCCUUUCGAGCUUCACCACAAGCUCCUCACGGUGGUCCAUCUGUGCAAACUGAGCUGGGGGUGGGGGGGCACAGGACUAGAAAACCCUGUCCCACCUGCACCUACUGCAGCCUGUUGAGCUGGUUCUCCAGGGCUGCCAUCCUGCCCUGUCCUUGGCAUAGUGCUGUGUGUUCUGAGCUCCAGCCCCUUCCGGCCAGGCCCCACUGUGGCGGGGUGCAGAGCCCUGGCUCUUGGAGGGCUCUGCUGGCUCUUUGCGGCCUCCUGCGUGGAGGUCUGUAAGCGGUGUCGGGGCCCAGCAGUGUGACCGCUCCUGAAGGUGGGGUGGGAAGACAAGCCUCCUUGAGGUCAGUGUCCUUCUGUUCUGGGCAGGGACCUGCCUUUUGUUCCCAACUGUGGCUCCCUCCAGGUUUCGUAGUUCUUUGUUAUACGAAGUUAAUUUGAACUGACUCCGGUUUUGUUGAACUGUGUGUUUAAGUGAUUACAUUAAAUG